AUGGAGCGCAGCGUUGAUAACGGCGCCGGCGGACCAAGCCCCGCCCGCAGCGGCUACACCACCCUCCUCACGAUUGGCCUCCCAACCGCACUACUCCUGACGUACCUCGCACGCGUUGCCUUACAAUGGUACCGUCUGUCGCACGUUCCCGGGCCCUUUUUCGCAUCGAUUUCCAGUCUUUGGAUGAUAAAGCAGUCGCUCAACGGCCGAUUAGCCUAUGCGACGAAAGAAUUGACAGAUAAAUAUGGCCCGUUGGUACGCGUCAGCCCAACCGAACUGGUGACAUACGAUACAGACAUUGUGCGCAGAACAACGGCAGUGCGAUCAGAAUACACGCGAGGGCCAUGGUACAAUGCAAUGAAGUUGGAGCCUGGACGAGACAAUUUGUUUUCGAUGCGCGAUGAGGCUGCGCAUAUGAAGCUGAGGGCUAAGAUGGCGGCGGGGUACUCGGGGAAAGAGAAUGAAUCCAUGGAAGACACUGUUGAUAAGCAGAUUGCUGCUUUUAUCGGCCUCAUUGAUGAGAAGUAUGUUUCCACUAGUACUGAAUACCGGCCUAUGGAUUUCGCGCUCAAGGUACAAUACUUUACCCUAGACGUCAUCAGCGCAUUGGCGUUUGGGAAACCAUUCGGGUACCUGACGCAGGACGAGGAUCUUCACGAUUACAUCAAGAUCACCACCGCGUAUAUUCCCUUCAUGGUGGCUCUUGGGAGUGUACCUUGGCUGGCUGAUCUUUUGCAUUCGCGCCUAAUGAGAGGACUCCUUCCGAAGGAGAGUGAUAAGCUUGGCUUCGGGGCGUUCAUCAACGUUGCAAAGAAUGUGGUCGCGGAGAGGUUUGCGCCUGAGGCGAAGCCGCAAUUCGACAUGCUGGGGUCGUUCAUUCGUCAUGGUCUUACGCCGGAGGAAGCAUCGAGCGAAGCGCUUCUCCAGAUUGUCGCUGGAAGCGACACCUCAGCAUCCACCAUCCGCGCCGUAAUGCUCCAUAUAUUGGCCAACGCGCCCGCAUACAGAAAACUGCAAGCUGAGAUCGAUAACGGCAUUGCUAAUGGAACAAUUUCGUCGCCCAUCACAGAUGCUGAAGCAAGACGACUACCGUACUUGCAAGCUUGUAUCAAAGAGGGCUUACGCAUCCUGCCUCCGGCCACCGGCGCAAACUUCAAAGCUGUCCCUCGAGGUGGCGACAUCCUCGCCGGCAAAUUCAUUCCCGCAGGAACCCAGAUUGGGUCUUCACAUCUCUCUAUCCAGCACUCGACAGUCACAUUUGGCCCGGACGCUGAGCUCUUCAGACCAGAGCGCUGGCUCGAUGCCUCGGAUGAUCCUGCACGUCUUGCGCACAUGACCAGUACGGUAGACCUUGUCUUCCACUACGGCAAGUACAAGUGCUUGGGUCAAAAUGUAGCUUUGAUGGAAUUUAACAAGGUAUUUGUCGAGCUGUUAAGGAAGUUUGAUUUCUCUACCGUGCAUCCGCAGAAUGCGGCGCGGAUAAGCAGUGGGGGGAUAUGGGUUAUGGAAGAUUUUUGGGUGCGGGUUACACGCCGUACGACUUGA